UCUCACGCUACCUUUUCUUCCUCCGCGCGGCUCCGUUAGUGCUGUGAUGUGAAUAUUAAUGAUGUUGCAAGAGCCAGUGCGCUCAUUCUCGCCGUCUCCAUCAGUCUGAAAGAAAGUUUUGCAGAGAAAAGCAUGGCAGAACAGUCUGCUGAUAAGGACAUGCCAGCAGAAGAGAGUGAUGGCUCAUAUGCCCCCAGUACUGCACCUGCUGGCCUGUGGAGAAGAAUGUGGAGAGCAAGUGUUACAGCUGGAGCAUUUCUCCUCCUAUACACCAUCUCUCAAGUUACUGGUUUGUGGGUUCUCUACAUGCUGAAUGGAUACAGAGCUUUUCCAGCAGCCCAUAAAGUGUUGGACCUCCUGCAGUAUCUGCUAUCAACUACUGACUCCUCUGGCCAACAGAUGGAGAUUUGGAGAAUUGAGUGUGUGUGUCCCUUGUUAGCAACACUGUUUCUCGGAGUGGUGAUCCUUGGCACUGGAGCAUUAUUCUGCAUUAGAACAUUGGUGCCUGGUAUUUCUACUGGCUUCCCUGAAAACCGUCGUCAAUCUAUGAGCAGACAGCCGUCCUUCACAUACUCUGAGUGGACUGAUGCCAAACAGGAGGAUUUCUAUGAACUGGAUGCAGUUCCAGAAACACCUGUGUUUGAGUGCUUUAUGGAUAUGAAGACAGAGAGUGACCCCACAACUCUCACAGUCAAGCCUGUGGGCCUACAGGAAAGGAGGGGCUCAAACGUGUCUCUGACUCUGGAUAUGUGCACACCUGGCACCACAGAGCCUUAUGGUGCACUGCUGUCUCCUCGAGAGCAGAGCACACAGGAGUACCUUGAGAGGGCAUCUAAUAUUCUUUCACCUGCACAGCUGCACACACGGGCUUUAAAUGAUGCUGCACUACAAGCUGAGUUCUAUGAAACACCAAUGAACUUUGUUGACCCAAAGGAAUAUAACAUACCAGGUGUGGUGAGGAAGAAUCGUUACAAAACCAUCCUGCCAAAUACACACAGUAGAGUUUGCCUUCAAGCAGCAGAGGAGGAUGACUUUCUCAGCACCUAUAUCAAUGCUAACUAUUUGAAGGGCUAUGGUGGACAAGAAAAGGUAUAUAUUGCCACACAGGGUCCAACUGUGAACACUGUGGGAGAUUUCUGGAGGAUGAUUUGGCAGGAACACUGCCCAAUCAUUGUCAUGAUCACCAACAUUGAAGAGAAAAAUGAGAAAUGUACAGAAUACUGGCCAGAAGAUAGUGUAACCUGCGAAGGCAUUGAAAUCACUGUUAAACAGUUCAUCCAGGCAGAUGACUACAGCCUAAGAAUCUUCACUGUGAAGUAUGAGGGUGAGGUGCGCUGUCUCAGGCACUACUGGUACACAUCAUGGCCUGAUCAGAAAACUCCAGACAAAGCUCCCCCACUUUUACAACUGGUCCAAGAAGUAGAAGAAGCUAGGAAACAGGCUCUAGCCCACAGUGGACCAGUCAUUGUCCACUGCAGUGCAGGAAUUGGCCGCACUGGGUGCUUCAUUGCCACUACUAUUCUGUGUGAGCAGCUGAGAUGUGAAGGAGUGGUGGACAUCUUGAGAACCACCUGUCAGCUGCGUUUGGACCGGGGAGGCAUGAUUCAGACAGCGGAGCAGUACCAGUUUGUGCAUCAUGUGCUCAGUCUGUAUGAGAGGCAGCUGAAUCAGAGAUCAGAAGAGUAGUGUCUACAGCAAACCCUAACCAUCAGUCUAUCAGCACCUCCUAUCUGCCUGCGACAGACCUGAGCCAGUCAUGCAUACGUGCUCUUCCUGCUAGGCUGUAUUACACAAAGAUCUAGCAUUAAGUGUGAGUUUAUGAGUGUACCUGCAAGACUUCAACUCAGGACUUCAACUCCCACAAUACCCUUAUCUACCUUUGGAAUCAGUAAGACUUCAUAAGGCGUCAUAGGGGACUGUUUUUUUUUUUGUUUGUUUGUUUGACCCCAAUUUUAUCCCCAAUGUCAAUUCCAACCUGUUGUCUCAGCAUUCCCUUACUACAUGAUACCUACCAGCAUGAGAGGAUGAGGGCUACAUGUGCUUUUUCUGCAGCAUUUUUCAUGCUGCAGCGUUAUCAGGAGAGUACUGAUUGCCCAGUUCAUCUAUAUGGCCUGUCUGAUGAACUAUUUGGGAUUAAUUAAAAUCUUAAUACUUUUACAAUAUUACCCCAACACUAACAGUGGCCUAACACUUUAAUUAAAUGUCAAACUGCAACAUCCUAACUACCAGAAAUUUACCAGUAAGCAAUGCUAUACCUAUCUUGUCAGUAUCCCUAAAACAACUGUGAAGUGCCUUGGAACAGUCCCAAACAUCCUUCACCAUCUGUUGUCAGAUUUAGAAUUAAAAACAAAUUUAAUCCUUUCCCCCACUGACCUCCAAACCAUCUAGCAUAUGUUGUAUGAAAAGGGAAAAAAAAAUAGAACUUAGACAUGCAAAAUGUCCGAUUAAAUAAGUAUAUAGAGCCCUUUGUAACUGGAUGCCUAAAUCAAUUAAAUAUUAAGUGCCCUCCAAUUAAAUAUAAUGCGUCCUCCAAAAGAAUUUGGACAGUCAAUUUAUAUCUAUUUUUAUUUGUAUACUAAAGCAGUUAGGAUUUAAUUAUUUAAUUUCAUUUUUUCCCUCUUUAAUCUACAAAUUACAAAGCCUAUUAACACUCUGGAAUGGAGAACUUACGAACUGAUUCAAGGAUGGCUUUGUUGUGACAACAAAUAAAAAGCUGUAUAAUUAAUGCCAAAUUUAAUCUUUUAUUUCACAAAAACACAUUUACAAAUAACCAAUUAGUUUGCAUAACAUCACGUGACAUUAUGUGCGCCUUUCUGUCUGCUCUGAGAGGAAAAACAGUGAGUGAAUGAGUUUCAUUUUACAGGUCCAUGCAUAGCGCUACUUCAACCCACUGAAAAUAUCAUUUUCCCUCUUCAUUUGAGAUACUUUGGCCAGCCUUUUCUCUAGGUUCAACUGUAUACUUUUGUUUUUAUAUCCUGGCACCUAGGGAAUUUCAUUCUUUAUGGUGGUGAUUUUCAAACUAGUGAUCCGUCCUGGGAAGUGAGCUGAGAAACGGUGCUUUACAGGCAGUUUUAAAGUUUCCCACUUUCCUUUGAAGAUUUUCUUUAGUUGGCUAGACAUUGCGUUUUGUAUAAUAAGAGAAUUAGAACAGUGAAACUAAUAUGUGGGAAAUAAGAGGAGCAGCCAGACAUUGGUUAUAUUUCUGUGGCGUAUUCUGUAGAGACAUGGAUUUUUUAAUCCAUUUUCUAUUUUAUUAUGUGUCUCAAAUCAAGCUUUCAUGCAAGAGUUUAACUUGAAUGAAAUACAGAUUAUUUGUUGAUGUACACAUUUAAAUCAAGUAAAUGAAUGCUUUUUUUCUGUAGUAGUAGUAGUAGUAGCAAGUAUUGGCAACAAUUUGCAUUGCUGGUUUGACAUACUAGUUCCUAUUGAUAGGUUUAUUAUGAAUUGCCAAUGUAAUGUUUAUGUUUUUCCCCUAUUAUGAAUUUAAAUACUUAUUCGUCUUUAUAAUAAUUGUUUUCACAAUAGUUUUUAAUGACAACAUGGAUAUAAAUCAGUGGUUUGGUUUCUGACUGAUGGUGCUUUACCAGCAGAGGUGCAUAGGCACAGUCAACAAACACUUAAAAUUAAUUCGUAGUUUAGGAGAUUAAGAAGGUUUUGGGGAAACACUCACAAAAGUUGUUUUCAUAAAUUAACAUCAUUCUUAAAGUUGUUUAUGAAUCGCUAAGAUUAAUUCUCAUUGGGAAAUGCACCCCAGGUUUAUUAUGCUAUUAAAUUAAAGUAGUUUAAUAAAAUGUUUUUUCAUAGAAGUGUUCUACCGCUAACAUUCUAGAUAUUUUUCCAUGGCCAAAUGAUGAGACCUUCCAGAUUUGGAAAUCAUAAAGCAAUUUUCUAAUAUAUGCAGUUACAUUUUUUAUCACAUUAAAACUAUCCUUCAUUAUAUUGACAAUAAGGAAUACUAAUUUGCAGUCACAGUGCAGGAUGGAGUGAAAGAGAAAACUUGAUUUUAGGCAAAUACUGUAAUUGCAGCAUUGUGUGAAAGCAAGGAAAUAUAAAGUGCAGUAUUUCUCUUUUUAUUCUAUUAUUUAUUCUUAUUUUUAUAUGUAGUAUAAAGACUGCUCCCUGACUAACUUUGUGGCAUUACACUUACCUAUUAUGUCAGAUAUAAUACAUGAGACUAAUUGAUUAUAGUGAAUAACAAUCUUAUAUUGCAUAGUCAUGAAGCUAUAGGCUAUGACACCAAUAACUGAGCUCCAUAUGGAAGAGAUGUAACCAACCAAAAACUAGACAGGUUAGCACAGAGUUCCUCAAACUAAGCUCCUUUCUUCUGACCCAGCACCUUUUAACAGCAACAUCAACGCUUGCUGUCUGGCCCAUUCCACAUCUAAAAGCAAUACAUCUAGUGGAGAAAAAUAAAAUAAAAUUGGCCACAGUAUGCAAUUUUCCUGCCAUAUUAUCUUUUAAUUAUGCAGUGCAAGCAGAGGGUUAGUGGAGAGAGGCCAGCAAUUGUGUUUAAAGAAUACAACCCAUGCCAGCAUUAUGAAUCACUAUAAAUACAACCCGUGCCAGCAUUAUGAAUCACUAUAAAUACAACCUGUGCCAGCAUUAUGAAUCACUACAUAAAGAAAAGCAAGAUUUUCUGUCAGGGCAGGUGAAAUCCGACAAAACAUCAAAACUGAAAAAUGUGGCAGCACAGCAAACCGAGACACAGUUUGCAACAAAUAUAAUCAGUUUGAACUAGAUUUCAUGUUGGUGUUUUGUGAAACACCUAAUAGAGUCAGUAUCAGAACAUAGUCAAAAAUAUUUCUAUAUGUUUCCUUAGUCUGGCCCCACACAGGCUAAAAAUUGCUUUCAGUUCAUGAAAAAAAAUGUUACAAACUACUGCACAUACUACAUUUAACACAGAUACAAAAAUAUUUUUCUAAUUUCAUUGCAAGACAACAUAAGUCCAACUGGCUUAAUCACCCAUCAGAAAAAUUAAUCAUUUGAAAUCUAACAAGAUUGAGGAAUCCAUUCUAAAAUGGUACUACUGGCUACAUUUAGAGACAGAGAUUUUCAUCAAUCCAAAUAUAUUAAAUCUGAUUAAAAAUCUUUAGAUAAUGUGUAUAUAUGCACACUGGACUCAGAAACACCCUGUAUAUAUCUACAUAAAAUGUAAUCUGAACAAAACUGCACAACAGAUAAAUCGUCUGCCAAAUGCUGAACAUGUAAAUGUAAGGAGCUUUGUUCAAUGUUAAAGUUAGCAUAGUGACAAAACAGCCUGGAAGCCCUAUCAACUUGCUUCUUGUGUGGUAUUGUCUGUUUGGUGUAGUCGCCUUGGCAUAGCCUGUUUGGCAUCACCUGUGGCUAUAAGAUCUGUGAACCGGCCCCAUUUGAUAUGCAGUGCUGACCAAAUCUGCAGAAUUUUGGGAUAUAUUACAUGUACUGUGUAAUGGACUGACCUCUAGGAAAUGUUAAACAUUUUCCAUUUAAAAAUUUAAAAAUGAUUGUCUUUCCAUUGACCUCCAUUGGCAUCAAAUGAAAAUGUUAACAAAAUGGUAACAUACAUAUUUUAAAUAUAACUGCUAGAUGAAUCUAUGGAUGCAUUAUACCCUUUUAUCAGGAGGAAAAAGCAGAAUAUAUGAAGUCUAUUCAUGGUGGGUGCACUAACUGACUUUUCAAUCUAUAAACCAUAUGUUGAAGGGAAAUAGGACUCAACUCAGGAUAGAUUCUUGUACUGAUUUCAUUAUUUGGUCUUUCAUCCUCACAGUAUUUUUUUUUUCUCACGUAAUUCCAGUGUAGACCUAGUAGUGAGGAAACUUUCAAAAAAGCAUGUUCUUCUUGGAUGGCCACGUCUAUGAUUGACUUCCCCCUCCACAUUGCUGAAUGAGAAAUAAUGACCAUGCGUUAGCCUAGAUAGGCUACAGAUUUUUUUUUUAACAAUCCCUCUAUCCCUCUAUUAUCACUUUAUUGAUCCCUAAGGAAUUUGUAUCAGACACUGGACCUACAUAGGCUUCAUAAGUUUUCUUCUUUCACAAACUAGCCUAUCAGCUUCUCUUCAACAAAGAGGCUAUAUGAUUAGUAAACAGUCUGUACUAAGAAAUGUUAGAUUCAGUAAAGUUAUCCUACUUUACUAUCAAGCAGCUAAGUUAGAUAACAUUAAGAUACCUUUCAUUAGAAUUGUUGGAGGCACUGAGGACCUUUUCUGUUAUAUCUAAUCUGGGGUUAUUUUUCUCCUCUCACAAAAUGUUGUAAAAUGUAAUGCAUGCAACUGUGAUGUUCUGCGUAUAGUCAGAUCGGGCAGAGUACACAGAUUUGACAGUGUUUUCCUCCCCACUGAAACUCUUUUAAGAGAAACUCUUCCACAGUAGUUAAGCAGGUGGAGGACAUUCUAAAAUAUACCAAAAUAUACCAACAAACGCCACACAGCUUAAGGGUCAAAACAACUACUUAGUAAUACAAAUUUUCUCUUGCAAGGUAUAUGUAAAGCCCAUUUAAUGUUGGUUGGUGCUACUUUACCAAGUGGCAUACUUGAAGCUAUCAAAUGAACUGUUGCACUUGCUUUACCCAUUUAAAGUUUAAUGCAACUAGGUUCAGGUAUCUUAUUAUAUGAAGUAUAAUUUUUGUGCAACCUGACAGGUGAAAUGCGUCAUGAUGCAUUUCAAAUGUACUCAAGGUUGCAAGCAUCACAUUGGCAUAUUCUUUAAAAUUAUUAUUAUCUUCCAUCUGUACACUAUUAUAUAAUUUUUGCUGCUUAUUUAUAUUUGUAUUUUUGUGUCAUUUUAUUGUAAGAAUCUCAAUAUGUCACUGUUAUUUAAAACAUGUUCUAAACAUGCUAGACUAAUAGCCUACAUCCCAUGUAUCAAAAACAAGACACAAUUUGAUCUAGUCCAUGCAAUGAUUUUCUAUUGACUCAUCACACCACAUUUGCUAUUACAUUCCCUAACAUAUUCUGUAUCUGAUCCCACUUCUCCCAAAAUAAUCUAGGAUACAGUAAUACACCACAGUCACCAGACUUCACUAGACAAGCCAAUUACGCACAGCUUUGAAAGCAGCAGAAAUGUAUCGGUUUGUUAAACCUCUUUUCUGUCUCUCUUUCAGCUCUCUCGAGAAUAAUUAUUUUCUGCCAGUAUUGCAGCAGCAGUAUAAUGUUGAAUUAAACAGAUAAGAAUGUAUUAUACAAUAACUGUUUAAUAACAUAUUACUGAGCUGCUAUGAUUUUGCAGACUAUAGAAAUACUACGACAUAUAUCAAUUAAAAGAUUAUAAUGAUUUUACAGUCAUUUCCAUAUGCUGUAUUAUAGUAUGUGAAUAGUACCUUAGAACAUUAGUAAUUAUGAGAAGUUGUAGUAUUUAUAUUUGGAAUCUCUGUUAAAAAAGGUGUGAAUGUGUAUAGAUCUAGAAAAAAAAAGUUUUUUUAACAGUAAUAACCUGGGUGUGGAAAGACGACUUUUUCUUUUCCAUGGUAGACCCAAACAGUUCUCAGUAUGCACAAGGAAUAUUCCAAUCACUUUACCACAAGAACAUAUCUGAGGAUGGACAAGAACUAUUCCGAUCACUUAAUCCACAUAAACACAAUUCGGCAACGGACAUUUACAAACCAUGCUUAGCACAGUUUUCUCAGCACAGUUAGCUAACCAUGUUACAGACCUUCUCAGGUGUAAUGGUUUGAUAACAUAGAUUCACUGAUUGCUUCUACACAAACAGGGGUAGGUCUAAUAUAAUAAGAUUAAUCUAAUAUGCUAAUUUACUAAUAUUAACCUAAUAUAUUAAGAUUAACAACUAAACAGUAAGACUGGAUUGAGAGGUUAAACUAAAAUGUGGAAAAAAGAUCAAUUGUAGUACAUCUCCUACAGAUAGCCAAUCAAGGGGUAUACUACUUUUUAUUUGAACAUGUUGAAACAACGAAUUCUAAAACACUGCAAAAAAAACCUAUAAUCAGUAGUCAUUUGAUCAUAUCAAAUCCAAAAUGGAGCACAAAACAAAAAUGUCAGAAAAUAUAGCUGUUCACUACAGAAAUUAAUUUUAAUGUAUUUUCUUUUCCUGCCUCGAAGAAAACAUAACAACAACAUGAAAAUAAAUGUAUCAGCACCUUUCUUGGUUGUCCAGUUGCUCUGGGAAAUAUACAUUAACAAAGACCAUCCAGUGGCAUCCAGUGACAAUAAUUGAUUCAUGUUUCUCACAUUUUUAAUUAAUUUAUUUAUUUGAGAUUUUUGAGAAGGUUUUAUUCUUAAUGACAUUAAUCAUGAUAUCUAACCACAUGCUAAAUUAACCUGUGGAGGUCUAAAUUAAACAAAACCUGUUGUAAUACUAUAGUAAUUGAAAUAAAAUGUAUUAUUAAAUACAGAAAACUAUAUGUUAAUAAAAUAGAAUAGAAUAGACCCCAGAGAUAAAUUUAAAUAUGGAAGUGCAAAAAUUGAGAGCAUGUGUAAUCAUUUUAAAAAUAAUAUAUAGAAGUGUUUGUUUGACACUGAAGAUUGUUGUUGUUUCCUUCACAGCCCACCUAUGCAGUUUAAGAAAAAUGGUUCUCUCUGCAUACAUUUGCCACAAAAAAACACUUGGAUGGAAACAUAGUUAGUGUCUCAUCACAAAUUGUCAUGAUGAGUAAAAGGUAUUAGUAAAAUCAGGCUUAUCUAAAAUUUUAACUUAACUGAUAGACAGAAUCAUAGAAUAUAGUUAAAUAUCUGUGUAAUUACUAAAACAUUUUAAUGGACUUGUGAGUAUUCAUGCUAUGCUGUUUAAUUAUGUGAAAGUUUAGAUAAUUUUUGUAAUGUGUGUAUAUAUUUUUUAUUAUUAUUGUAUAUUUUGUGUAUUUCUUUGUGAAAGCUUGACUGAUUUUUAAACUCAUAGUCUGAAGUGUGCAUGGUAACCAGGAACAGGUUAAACCAGCACAUUCAUUUAAAGCAAAAUAAUGUCUGGUUUUGUUCAAACAUUAAACAUGAAGAACUAAGGUUGUAGUAAUGAGACACUCUGAAUUAUCUUUACACAUCAGAUCAACAGGACCUUGCUCAACAUUGAGUGAUUCUUCUAAAUAUACCUUUUCCUUUGUCUUUGUCUAAUUUGUUCCUGUCUUUUAAAAAAACUAUUUCAGUUAGUCAAUAAAAAGCACUGAUUCUGCACCUUAAGGUUUUAUGUAUGAAAAUACCGAAACACUGUAUCCAAACUAAUCUUAACUAUGUAAAUAACAGCUGGUUUAUACAAUAAUGUGGAGUAUACGUAUGCUUUUUUAUGAUAAUGAAUCACCAAGUGAAUGUGACCCUACAUUGAAUUUAUUUUUAUUUCAAUAAGUUGUUGUAUCUAUGUGGCUCUUCUAUAUAAUUGAUUGAUGUAUGUUUAGUAUGUUAUAGAAUUUCAGCUUGUACUGCUUUGCAUGAGCAAAUGAAUGAUUUUAGUCUUUUCAAACAUGGUAGUUUGUGAAAUCAUGACAACCUUAUCAAUUACAUACCAAAAUAUGCUACCUACUACCCAUAUGCCCUUAUCAUCAACUGCAGUUCCAAUGAAAUAUCAACCUGAAAUAUCCACCACCAUCAUGUAGCACUGAAGGGUUUUUUGGAUCUGUUGGUAUCAUGUUUAUACCAGUGACUUCUAUUUUGUUCUGUAUUUGUAUUAACUGUGGUUGUGUUGCGGUUACAUUUCAGAGUAGAGAGAAAAAGCUGGAGGUUAAAUGGAGCUUCAUUAGCUUAACUUAAAAAUGGAAAUGUGAAUACAUUUAUAAAUGUGAAUACAUUUUUAAUUGCCUAAGCGUCAUAGUGGAGAAUUUUUUUUGAUGUCACUCAUUGUGAACAAGCAGGUUUGGUUUAAAUGGGAAUGAAUGUGACUGCUCAGUGAGAGGGUUAGGAUCCAGUUUAAUGGUAAUCAGUAGGCUGAAAAGGUUAAAGUACAACACAAUCCAAAGAAUGUAGUCUAAAACAGGCAGUGGUCAAAUAUCAGGAGAGGCAGAAAAACACUGCCUCUCCUGAUAUUUGAGAUCCAAGGCGAGAUCCAAAAACAAACAAACAAACAAACAAAAAACAAUCAAAGGUCAAUGGGCACAGUAGGAUGCUUAGAAUUACACUCAACAAGGUUACGUCAAAACUAAGGAGAUUGCUGAGCAGGGUUACACAGGGAACAGGUCGGGUUGGUGAGGAGCAAGAAAUUAGAAAUCAGGUAUGGGCUCAUCUGGCAUUAGGUGACAGUCAUUAAUCUGUGCAUGAAAAUGCAAUUUUUAAUUUAUAUUUUGAACAGAAAUAGCCUAAAUGCUGCUAACAUUUCUACCUGUUUGAUUUGAAUACACUAACAAGAACUCUUGUGACUACUACACCUCUGCUCAUUAAAAACAUCCUUAAAAACCUUUUCUAAAUCCAGAUCUGUUUUCUAUAUUCUCACCCACUUGAUUGUUAAAUCUUAAUUGUUGAAGAUUCAUUAAAUUUAGUGUUUUAUUUGUGUUUCUGAUACUCAGCUCAGGGUAGGUUUCCAGACUACAACCCUACAGUUCUGAAAUCCUCAAUGAUAAUUUUGUCUCCCACAUGGUACCAAAUCCGACAUGCUCAUUCAGUAACCGUCGCCAGCUGGCAGGGUAAGAGCUAACAAUGGUUUUCUCUGUGAUGUGUAGCCCAAUCAACUUGAACAAAUCCACUGUCCAAAACACCCUUCCCGCUCCUAGUGUUGUAAAAGUUAUUUAAAGUCGGUUCUGCCUGUCGUUCACUGAAAAAUUCUAUUUGGUCUAUUACCUAUUGAAAUCACCAGCCCCUUCAUUUGACAGGGUUUGCCUUUGAAGCUAUUUUUUAAACUUGUUUGUUUUCAGGGAAAUCUGACUGCAGUCUCAUUUUCUUUAAACACAUAUACUGAAGACUGCCUUUACCAAACCUUUUUCCUUUAUGAAUUUCCUGCUUUUUUUUUUGUCAUUUCAUAGACAUUCUGUUGUUAUAAAGAAGAAGGUUUUUGUCACUGUAACAUGGCCACCUUGCAGUAAUUUACAUGAUUAGUUAAGAUAAUUGCCUAACUAUCACAGUUGAGAAUCUCUUUUGUAAUCAAUUUGCAUCACUUCCACAGUCAUGCGCUACAUAUUCCAUAAAACCACACUCUGGAAAUUUAUGUCUGUUCAUUUUAACAUUUAUGAUAUAGCCUUUCUGGUUCCGAGUUAUUUAUAUCUGGCAUUCUAACCCUAAUUCUGUAAAAGUUGACUGUUCCUGCACUCUGGAGGCUGGGGGGCAUUCCUUCAAAGCUUUGGUAAUUACCCUGUCUUCUGUGGUUGUUGUCCCUAGUUGACCUGUAAUUGCCUGUAACUGUUUGCUUUUCAAGAGUUUUGAUAAUCCUGUGCCAAGCUUCUGUGUUAUAGCCCUAAUUUAAAAAUAUUAUCUUUCAUAA